CCCCUGCCCAGUUGCUUGUUCCGCCACGUCUCCUCUUCCCCUUCUCCCUGCCCACGACUUUCUCCUGAAUCCCAUGACCCGCCUCUUCCUCCUCUCCUCCUCCUCCUCAUCACCCUCGAGUACCCUUCCUCUCCCAUGGAACCCUCCGACCCCGAUCCCGACCCCUUCUUCGACGCCAUGGACGACCCCGACCCCGAACCCUUCUUCGACGCCCCCGACGAGCUCCCUCCCUCCGACCCCUCCGAAACCCUCGCCCCCGCCACCCCCUCCGCCGCCGUAGCCGAUACCCCCCCGCCUCCCUCCACCCUCCGCCGCCGCAGGUCCCGACUCGAUGGCGGCGGAGAGCGGCGGCGGAGCGGGAUCCUGCGCCUCGUUAAUGUCGACGGCGCCUCCGAUUAUACCGCCGAUCAUGCUCCGGCGCCGAGCUCGACCCUCACUUCGGAGCGGCUCAGCUCCGCGAGAGAUCGCUUUCCCCGGACUCCGCUUGAAUCGGCGGCCACGAGCGCUCUCCGCGACGCGGAGCCCUCGCCCGACGCCGCCGCGGCGGCUCCGCCGCGGACCCUGCUGGAGUGUGUCGCAGGUUUCGUGAUCAGAGCUGUUCUUUUUCAGCUCAAUUUAGUCGUUAACUGCAUCACAUUUCCAAUUUGUUUGCUGCAUUGCUCUUUCCUGCUUGUAAUCGACCCUUUCGGUAGCAUAAGACGAUAUAAGGAUCAUAUGAGAGCUAGGGUUUCAUCAGCGUGGAAGAUUUUAUUGGAUAAAGCGGCUUCUUUUGCGCACGAGAGGCUCGGGAGCCAGCGCGAGUUGUGGGGAUUGGCGGUGAGAUUGAUCAUCGGGGGCGUCUGGGCGUUCUACAUUUGCUUUGUUUUAUGCGGGCUCCUAGCGACCGCGUUCUUGGGCGGGAGUUGGCUUGCGGGGAAAGUUCUGGAGAAGCCGAUCCAGUUGACGGAGGAACUGAAUUUUGAUUACACGAAGGCUAGCCCGGUCGCGUUGGUGCCGGUGAUAUCAUGCAGUAACGUUUUUGGUUCCGAGGGAAAGGGCAGAGCUGGGGCCUUCUUGGAUAGAAGGAUGGUGCCUGCGAAUCACAAAUUGCAGCUUACCAUUUCGUUGACGUUGCCAGAGUCCGAUUACAAUCGGAAUCUUGGGGUUUUCCAGGUCAGGGUGGAGUUUCUAUCUGCAGAAGGCAAAGUAAUCUUCAGUUCGCGCCAACCAUGCAUGUUACGGUUUAAGAGCUCUCAUAUGCACAUCAUUGAGACCUUUCUCAAAAGUGGUUCUUUACUAGCAGGCUAUUCGUCAGAGUCGCAGACUCUCAGAUUAAAAAUGAGGGGAUUUACUGAAAAACCCGAGCCAACUGCAUGCAUCAGGGUCAUUCUUGAACAAAGGGCCGAGUUCAAGCCCGGUGCUGGCAUUCCCGAGAUUUACACUGCUUCUUUGAAGCUCGAGUCCGAACUUCCUCUGUUUAAGAGGAUAAUUUGGAACUGGAGAAGGACACUGCUUAUGUGGUUAAGCAUGGGAAUUUUCAUCUUUGAAUUGCUGAUUCUUCUGGUUUGCUGUAGGCCUGUUAUAAUUCCAAGGACUAGGUCUCCUAUAGCUGCAACAGGGAGGAGUUAGUCUCAAACCAUCGAAUAUUGCAGAAUUUUAUGUGUAGACAUGGUUUAAUUAAGCGUAGAGCACCACAACAGCACAGACUUCCUCAUUUCAGGUAGGUCUUCCAAUCUUUCCUAACUUUGGGAGGCACAAGUGAUGCAUCUUUUACUUGGAUAAAAGAUGCAAUGAAGUACGUACAAUUUACUGCUUUCAGUGCACUCGACAAAAUAGUAUUUUGAGGUAUUGGUGAGUAAUGACAAGGACGGUCACCGUUAUCUCAUCAAGAUAUCUGCGAUAUCUUCAAUAGAUAAAUUAAUUGAGUUCAUAGCUGAGGAAACAGUAAACCUUACAGAGGAAACAGGUCUGCGCAUGUAUAUUUUUCUGAGCAGAGAAGCAUCAUCCGGUAAGAACACACAACAGAGAGUUCCUCAAUUCUCUUAUAUUGCGAGACACUACCUGCACGAAACUGUCUUAUGUUGCUAAAAAUAGUAGAAGUCUAAUAAAAUUAGCAUUUUAAGGUUUGUAAAGUUGUAUCAAAUUCUUUGUUGUUGUUUGGGGAAAAAAAAAAGAAGAGUGAAUGAGCAACCCUUAGAUUCUUUUUCUAAAGGUUGCGACUAGUAUGACAGCUAGAAAAUUGCAACUUGACUUUUAACCUUGUAGUGCAAGCUUUAGAACUGAACUAAGUAUGAGAUGGGUUUUAUCAGCAUUGCUUGUUGUUGGGUUAGGUGUCAUUAUCAGUGAACAAGUUUACAUAUGGAGGAUAGUUUGUGCUUAUUUCUUUCUAGGUA